AUGGGAGAUCACUGGCUGGUUCGGCUGGGUGUGUUCAACAUCCUGGCGAGUUACGCUUCAGGGCACGACAAUCAUGCUCUAGCUCGACAUUCUAGGUACAAAGGUGUUCGUAGUUCUCCGUCAUCUUGGCCAUACUGGAGCGGAGGCGCUCCACCUCCUCUUAGAGAUUCCCCUCCACCGAAGGUUUCUUUUGAGAGGAAUUCCCACGAGGGUGUGGCGCUGGGUAUCGAGGCUGGCCUCGCGCCGGAUAGCAAAGUGUGGGGAGUAUAG